AGAUAAUUUGGUGAGUGUCAGUAUGUGGUUAGGUUUUAUCGGGGUAUUAGCGGUAGCUCAGAGUUUACAAAUAUCCUUAGAAGUAUGUCCUCAACCAAGUCGCCGUGUUGGACUUUGUCCUGUCCGUCCCGAACAGACCGGAUGUGUGACUAACUCACAAUGUCGACCAGGAUAUCUGUGUUGUCUAGAAGGGUGUGGAAGACAAUGUAAACCAGAUUUAGCUGUGAGGACUGCUGCUCGAUCAGGUUUAUGUCCUAUCCCACUACGAAGAGAUAGUAUUAGUUGUCCAAACGCUGUCAGUGAUAAAUGUGACUCGGACACUGAUUGUACUGGAACACUAAAGUGCUGUUUUCAUCCCUGUGGAAGAACGUGUACCAACAUCAAUAGUCGAACUUUACUGCUAAAAUCAGGUACCUGUCCUAUGCCCAGUACUGUUUAUUGUAAUCUACCUAGAAGAGAUCACUGUUUAUCUGAUGCUGAUUGUCCUCGAUUAUCUAAAUGUUGUGCUCAUGCUUGUGGUCGGAGCUGUGUUCAAGUCGUUCCCAGUAGAACACGAGUAAGGGCUCAAAGUCAGACCAACAAGUUUUGCCCACCACCGAGCGGUCGAUUAGGAAUCUGUGUAUUUGGUCCAAAUAGUUGUACAACAGAUAUAGAUUGCGGUACUGGUAAAAUUUGUUGCAGUGAAGGAUGUGGUAAAGAAUGUAAAACCCCUUUAUCAAAUGCACAAUUGUGUCCAGUGCCUCCUGAACUAGCAGCUACGUCUUGUUUGGUACCAAUAACAGAUUCUUGUCAAACUAAUUCUAAUUGCACGGAUGAGCAAUUAUGUUGUAAACAUCCUUGUGGUAAACGUUGUCAAGCACCCGUUGGUUCUGGAGGCGAUCCUUCCAUUUUUCCUCCGAUAGAACCAGUAAUCAAGCCAGGUAGUUGCCCAGUUCCAGCAUCGGGGUUUCUAAUAAAAUGUGCAUUGAAUGAUCAAUGCUUAGGAGAUAGUGUAUGUCCCGGUACGCAGAAAUGUUGUAAAUCUGCUUGUGGAAAACGUUGUAAAGAUAUAGUUAAAACCAAAUCAGGAACCUGCCCAGCCUCUAAUACUAAGCCGGCAUGUGAUCAACUGGGUGAUAACUGCUAUAAAGAUGGCGAUUGUUCAGGAACCCAGAAAUGUUGUAAGACGUCCUGUGGAAAUAGGUGUUUAGCACCAGCUGCAACUGCUAUAAUAAUUCGUCCAGGUGUCUGUCGAGUAUUACCCCCGGGAGUUGUUGUAAGAUGUGCUCUGACUCCUGAUACGUGUUCACAAGAUGGUGAUUGUCCAGGAGUCCAGAAAUGCUGUACGGGCCCUUGUUCAAAAUCCUGCGAAGAUACAGUUAAACCUAAAGCAGGAACUUGCCCCACUCAACCAUUGGGGUUAGCAGUAAGGUGUGCUGCUGGUAGUAGGGAUGAAUGUUCCCAGGAUAACCAUUGCUCCGGAUCAAAAAAAUGUUGUAAAGGACCUUGUUCAAAAUACUGUGCAGACCCAGGACCAGCUGUCAUCAGGCCAGGAACUUGUCCUCCUCCUCCAAACCCAGCGCUGGUUCUCUGUGCUUUCCCAAUUACUAAUAAGUGUAGUGGUGAUAGUGAUUGUGAUGAUGACAAAAAAUGCUGCCCCCAUCCGUGUGGAAAAUAUUGCGAUCUUGAUAAACCAAAACCAGGUAACUGCCCUAAAUUACCCGCAUCAGCAUUUUUAGUCAAAUGUUUACCAAUUGAUAGAUGUAAAAAUGAUAGAGACUGUCCAUUUACACAGAAAUGCUGUCGACAAGGUUGUGGUAACCGUUGUGUUGCAGCAGAAACAGCAGAUCCACCAGAGCCUACAAAACCAGCAACAGCAGAUCCACCAGUAGUGACUCCAAAACCAGGUGUCUGCAGAACUAUUCGCUCCAAGUUCAGAUGCCGAUCAAGAAGAGAUCGUUGCAAGAACGAUAGUCAAUGUGGAGGCAGCAGAAAAUGUUGCCAAUUCCCCUGCGGUAAACGAUGUAGGCGACCACUUCGAAGAACAAAGCGAGGUCAAUGUCCACCUAAACCCACACCCACACCAAUAUAUUGUUUAAUCUACCAAAACGACUGCGAGACUGAUGAUAAUUGUCCGGAUUCUAAGAAAUGCUGUGCAACACCGUGUGGAAUAGGCUGUGUUAGCCCAAAUUUUUAUCGCGGUUAAAAGUCCCCACAACACCCUUUUUUUGUUUUUUGUUGUAUUUUUGUACCAUAUGACUGAUUUGUUAUUUAACGUGUUUAUGACAAGGCAAACAAAUUGGUCUUUAUAUAGUCUUACUAUUUUACGAAAAAAAUGUUAUAAAAUGGAAUAUAAUUGUUUUUCUUUCAAAAUGUUGUAAUUCCUAUACAAUGAUAGGUCAGAGUGCAUAGAUCUCUGUGAGAAAAAUUGUGGUUGUAUUUUUUUCAGUUACGUUUACGCUAAUAUUAAGAUCAGCAUGGUCUUGUUUCUACUCAUCUUAUUAAUAUUAUUUCUAAUAACUUUGUAUAUUAACCGUAAUUUUUCAUUCAUGGUUCUAUAUAUAUUAAAAUGGUACAACAAUUUAA